CCUAAUCCUGAUCCGCACAAUCUCAGAUUCUCACAUUCUCAUACGCAGAGAAGUAGAAAAAAAAAAUGUCAGACUAUCUGCCGGCGGAGCUGAUUGUUGAAAUCCUAAUACGAGUACCAGCGAAGAUAGUGCCGAGGUGCAAGUGCGUUUGCAAAAGAUGGAACUCUCUCAUCUCUAACCCUCACUUUGCCACCACCUAUCUCUCUCACAGCAAACAGCACCCAUAUCAUCUGUUUCGUCGUCUCGACCAAGAAACCGGGGAAGAACUUUUCACUCUGCAUCCUUCUGAUAAUCCAGACAAUCCAUUCCCUCGCAACUAUCACCUCAAGAAUCUGAAUCGUAGCGACCCGGCCUUACAUAUCAAUCUCCUUCGUCUUGCACAAGAAGUAAAAGACAAAGGAGGCUUCUUUGGAUGCACAUCAGAUUACAUUAAGUUGCAUUGUCCAUACAAAACCAGAUACUACCAAUACUUCCACGAAAUAGUCGGUUCAGUCAAUGGACUGAUUUGUAUGGUUGAUUUUUCUUCUUCUUCAAUAGAUGAUAACUAUUAUCUCUGGAACCCUUCAAUUAAUAGAUCCAUGCAACUCCCACGUCCCAAAUAUCAUGAUCAGUCAAGAAGUAAUUCUUUUUUUGGGUUUGGAUAUCACGCUCCAACCGAUGAUUACAAAUUGGUGAGACUUGUGUAUUUGAAGAACUGUAAUUCACCUGUGGUUGACGUUUAUACGCUUAACACAGGUGGGUGGUGCUCCGCUAAAGCCCAGCCAAGUGCUCAGUAUAUAAUUGAUUCAUUCGGGUCCGUUGUUGUGAAUGGAGCGCUCCACUGGCUUGCCCACACCCCAGAGGAUGCUCACCACAAUUUGAUUGUGUCAUUCGAUUUGGGGAAUGAGGGAAAUGAGGUUGUUUUUCAUGAAGUGCCUGUACCUAAGAUUUUAGAAGGUGCCCCUCCAUUAUCGAUGAUGAAUAUAGCAGUGCUUAAUGGAUUACUUACUCUACACGGAGGGCAGCCGGAGCAGUCUGUCGACCGUGGUGGCCGUGAGGAUUGGUUGGUGAAGGAGCAUGCUGUUUGGGUGAUGAAAGAGUAUAAUGUUGUGAAAUCUUGGACUAAAUUAUAUGUUAUUGAUGUCGGUGAAAAUUUUGUAAGGGUGGUAGGUUUUAAGAAAAAUGGUGAACUUCUAAUAACUAUGGAAGAUGAUAAAGAUAAAGGCUUGCUUUUGUACGCACCAAAUAGCCGCCGCGGAAGACCUUGUACUGAUCUUUACAUCUCUGGCUUAUCAAGAUCUUUCUAUUUGGAUAAUUACGUGGAAAGCCUAGUUCUUUUGAGAAAGAAUACAGAGAAGUAAAGCCGUAAAGCUCGAGGCUAAUGUGGAGGAUCAUUUCAUAUUGUCUUUCAAUUAGGAGCAAAUCGAAA